GAGAGAGAGAGUCCAAAGUUGAACGGAAACCACAUGUUAGGAGAGAGAGAAAGUAUACGUACCGUUGCCACCGCAGGUAAAGAAAUAUCCUACCGUUCAAAAAACGUGGUUAGAGAAAGGAUUUCCAAAGCUAGAGAGAGAGAGAGUCUCCAAAGUUGAACAGAACCACGGCUGAGGAGGGAGAAAGAAAGUAGCUACAGUUGAGGCCGCAGCUGGAGAGACACCCUACAGUUAAACAGAGAGCAUAGUUAGAGAGAGAAAGAGAGGAUCUCCAAAGCUGGACAGAUACCGCAGCCUGAGAGAGAGAGAGAGAGAGAGAGAGUUGUACGGUUGAAUAGAAGCUCCAGUUAGAGAGAGGGGUCUACCUCUAAAGAGAAUCCGCAGUGUGAGAGAGAGAGUGUGUGUACAGUUUUAACAAAAACCGUUACAGAGAGAGAGAGAGAGAGAGAUGGCGGGCCUGGUUCUUUAGGUCCUGUCAGCUGAAAGUAUUAGAGGGACAGAAAGAGAAAAUGGUGGGAAUAUUCUCGCGUUUUUCAGGGCAAAGGUCCGCCCAUAGUCGAACACAAAGCGCCCUGGAUGAGAAAGAUGGUGUGGGUCUUAAUAGAGAGGUAGUGGUGGUGGUGCCUUCUCCUGCAGGUGGGCACGGGGUUGAGUUGGAUGUGGAGUUCAAGCCCAUAGACCACCCUCUCGAGCCACAUGACAAUGAGCAGCCUGUAAAAUGCCCGAUGCCCGAACCAUCUAUUCUCAAUGAUGGGAGAAUAUGGAAGGAAAGGCUUGCAGCGAGCGUAAGGAGGAGAGGAGAGUUGCCAGUGAUGAAGGAGGACAAUGUGGGACCUGCGGAAUCCCCCACAUACAGCUCGAGGAAGCGUCACCAGUCGCACCCUGCCAACCAUGUAAUUCUCCCAUCCUUUAGCGCACCAGAGCCCAAUCUCAUUAAAAUGCUCCAAGAGUUUGAAUCUUAGAGAGAGAGAGAGAGGGGGUUGAUUGAGGCAGAGCAUGUCUCAUUUCAUUGUUGUAAACAUGAGAGGGAGGGAGAGGGAUGGCUCAUUUGGUGGUUGUAAUUAUAAGAACCAGUUGUUCAAACACGAGUCCGCGGCUUCCGUGUACAUUAUGAAUGCUUUCUACUGGAAUGAAUUGUAAUACUGUCUCUAUUA